AGCCGAUACUGAAGGAGAAACUUCAUUGAUACAUCUAAUGUCACCGUAGCCUAACUGUAGCGAAACAGUCAUGCUUCCGCAUUUUGUACAUUUUUACCUACUUGACUAGCCUGUCAGAUCUCUUUCACUUCCACUCUUGUCAUACUUCCUUGUUCCUAUGUUAUUGCUAAAUCCGAUAAGAAGCGUCUAGCCUAGCUAAACAGUAUUUUUCAACCAAAAAAAAAAAAACAUGCAGGACGGUGUCGGUGACCAAACACCUGUAGCGCGUAAAGAGGCUUUCGACGAUUACCUAAAUUACUAUGAUCAGAUUUGGAGUAAUGGUAACCUGAAACUAUGCCAAGAGAAACUGGUUACUGGGGGAGCUAGACGAUUUUUGCUGUUAGAGACAGACCCCGGAGAAAGAUUUUCUAAUUUUGACUUCUACCUUACUGCAUCCGAAUGCCUAAAACAAGGAUUUAAAGAUUGUAGGACAGUCUUCAGUGCGCUCAUCAAAGCCACAGAGGUGUUGGAGAUUUUCUGUGUAAAUCUGUUUCUUUACCCAUGGAAGAAGGAAAUCAAGAUGCUCAAGACUUUCACUGGCCCCUUUGUCUACUGCAUCCAGCCUGUCCUGACAAAGAGUGCCACGAAAAGUAUCCUUGAAACAAUAGGAUAUCAUCUGGAGACUGAUACAGAGUACCGACUCACAAACAAUGCAGACCCUGAAACAGCCAUGAAAAUGGGUUUUGAGCUUUUCCUGGCCCGAACAGAGUGUGAGUACCUGUUGGAGCUCAUGGGUCAGCGGUCACAGCCUGAGUGUCUGGAGAUUCUACAGAGGAGAGCUGCACAACUACCUCACACCCAGAGGGCUGCCGAGGAGACAGCAAAGGACUCUGAAACAGAGCCCUUACAAAUGCAAAAAGAAGAGGAGGAGAAUGAGGAUAAGGGUCUAUCUAAUGGUUGUUCCCUGGUAGACCCAGGACCAGUGGAGACCGAUGAGGGGGACUUAACCGAGGAGAACCCUUUCACCGCUAGCACACCAGGCAGGCAACAGGAUGAUGGAGAGAUACCCCUCAACCUGGAAGUUCAGUCCAUUGAGAUGACACACUCUCCAGGAAUCAGACCUCCCAGGGCAUUCUUGAACGAUGACAGGUCUAUCCUGGAGAUGCAGCAGAAUUACCCAGACCUUGCCAUAAGGCAGAAACCAAUAUUCAGUAAGCCACUGGGUGGACCUCCUGUAGUGCGGGGGCGACUUAUCAAAGGGAACACACCUGAGGAAGGUAGCAGUGCAGCCAACUUAGCCGGCAGUGAUAUAAGUGGUCCCCAGUCCAUCUCUAUUCACACCACAGCAGCACCAAAAUCCCAUCUCACAGAAGCAGUCCCAAAACUCCAGCCUCCAGAAGGUAAGGCCUACAAGACUAGUGCCAUGCUCCAUGGAUCAACUCCUCCACAGGCAGAAGUGACCAGAGAGGGUCAGGAGGCCGAUGAUGCAGACGAGCUGAGCAAGCUGACUGAGACGAUGGGCCAACUGCAUGUCCAUGAGCACAAGGUGGAGGAGCACCUGAAAUACCCUGUAGAAGAGACAGCACCGCCACAUGCCAGUUGCCAUGACGUGUUCCCUCACCAGGGUUCUGCAGGGGACCAGAGCCAGCCCCUAAUGUGCCAUCCUUCUCUGGUGCCGGUCUGUAACAUCCCAGGCUGUAACAGCUGUGAAGGAGCAGACGGUCCCCAUAAACAAAUUCCUGGUAAGGAUACCAUCAAAGAGCCACCUCACUCCAUCUAUGUCCCAACCAGCCUCCUUGACCCCCCAGUGCUGGACCCUACUGCUCCUGACCACCCCCCCUCCGCAGGCCCUCAGCACCAGGACAUGGAGGGCCCCAUCCCUCAGCCCACAGAGGACGAGCUGACUCGGACCUUUGUCUUGAUUGACAUGUCUGUUCAGGUCUAAAACAUCACUUGCCACUAAGUUGUUUUGGUCUGGGGCUCAUAAUAACGUCUGGAACGGAGCAAAUGGAAUGGCAUCAAACCAUGUGUUUGAUGUAUUUGAUACCAUUCCACCCUUUCUGCUCCAGCCAUUACCAUGAGCCCGUCCUCCCCAAUUAAGGUGCCACCAACCUCCUGUGGAUUCAAUGUCUGAAGGUGACAAGAAGAAUGACAUCAUUGAAUUUAAUUCCUCUUCAGUAUUUUCUGGUCUUUGUUUUGUACCGUUUCUCAGGUGAUAUCGACUUUUAAUACAGUGUUAAUCAUGCUUGACCUAAUUUAUGAGGUGGAGGUAAUGUUUCCACUGUGUCCUCUUAUGUACAGUGCCUUACUGAAAUGAAUUCUAUGCCAAUCCUGCACUUACUUUCCUUGCUCAUUGUCAUUGAGACCACUGAAUGUUUUGUAAUGUUUAUGGAAAUGUAAGUCCAAUUGUAUUCAGAAUGUUAUGACCUUUUUUAACUCAAAUAAAAAUUUAUGGAAAACUUU